AUGGUGUGGAAUUGUAGAGGUGCAGCAAGCAAAUAUUUUUAUAGGUAUUGCAAGUACUACCUAGACAUGUAUAGUCCCUUGAUGGUUGUGAUUUCAGAAACGAGAUGUGAUCCAAAUAUUCUUAAAGGCUCCUUUGAGAAAUUAGGAUAUGAUGGAAGGCUGGUAGUGGAUAAUAGAGGGUACUCAGGAGGCAUUAUGGUGGCUUGGAAGACUACUUCUAUGGAAGUAAACUUUAUUAGAAGUAAUACGCAAUUCAUCCAUCUUCGGGUCCAAACUGGUAGCAGACAGGAGUAUUUCUUUACUGCGGUUUAUGCAAGGCCGAAUGAAAAUGACAAGAAGCUACUGCGGGAUGAGCUGAAAAAUAUCUCCAUUAAUAUUCAGGAUCCGUGGCUUGUAGCAGGCGAUUUUAAUGAUGUUGCAGACAGUACUGAGAAAAGAGGAGGAUUGCAAGUUUCGAAUAGUAGAUGUGCUAUAUUUCGUAACAGAAUAACAGAUUGUAAUCUUAAUGACCUUGAAACUAGAGGUUGUAGGUACACUUGGCGUGGUCCGAUCUUUCAUGGAGGGCAGCGUAUUUAUGAAAAACUAGAUCGAGCUCUUAGCAAUGAUAGUUGGAGAUGGAGUUUUCCAGAUGCAUAUGUCAAAGUUUUGGCCCAAGUCGAUUUUUCUGGUCACCAUCCAAUUCUGGUAGUUCCAAGUAUUGAAGUGCAUAAUAUGAAUGCUAAAUCCUUCCGUUUUGAAAACGCCUGGCUUCUCAAGGACACCUACCAUACUAUGCUUAAUCAUGUUUGGAAUAAUGAUCACAGCAUGCUUCACAAUCUAAAGAAUGCAAGGGAAGGCAUUAAGGAUUGGAAAUUUGAAACCUUUGAUGAAGUCAAGAGAAAGAAAAUUGAAAUAUCCAGAAGGCUUGAUGGCAUUCAAAGAAAGUUGCAGCAGCAAUACAACUAUGGUGGAAUGAAAAAAUUAGAAAAGCAUUUGCAGGCUGAGCUCAGUAUUAUUUUGAAGCAGGAAGAGUUAAUGUGGUUUCAAAGGGCUAGAACUAAUUGGUUAGCGGAUGGAGAUCGAAAUACGAAAUACUACCAUAUGAAAGUUAUUUCUAGAAGGAAAAGAAAUAGAAUCCUUAUGCUCAAAAAUGAAGAAGGGUAUUGGGUGGAAGACCAUGAGAAGUUACAGCAGCUUGUUACUACCUAUUUUAAGACAAUCUUUGACUGUUCUAACAAGGUGUGCCCUUGGUUCCAAACAGAUGUUACUUAUCCUUAG